AUGCCUGGAAAGACACUUUCUCCUUACGAACAAGUCCCGGUUACCAAGGAAGACCUCGAUUGGGCCGAGCUUAUUGAGCUUGAUCUGAGUCAAUUCGAGAAACCUGGUGGUAAGGAGUCUCUUGUUGAGCAGCUUGAGCAUGCUGUUCGUCAUGUUGGCUUCUUUUACGUCAAGAACUUCAACAUCAGCCAAGAGGAAGUAGAUCGCCAGUUUGCUCUAGGUCGCGAGUUCUACGAUCUACCUCUGGAGGAAAAGCUCAAGCACCACAGCAUCAAAGAUCUCGAAGCUGGCGAGUACAACGGUUACCGCCCUUCUGGUCUUCGCUCUCUGGCUCCUGGCAUUACAGACAACAUCCAAGUCUACAACAUUCCCAAGUUCGACGGCCAUCACGAGCGCAAACACCCUGCUGUUCUCCAAGAUCACAUCAAAGAGAUUGAGACUUUUAGCCGCAAAUGCCACUCUGAAGUCGUUGUAAAGCUUCUCAAACUCUUUGCUCUUCUUCUUCAAGUGGACGAGGACUUCUUCGUCAAGGAACACGCCUACGAUGAUUUCGGCGAAGAUCACUUGCGCUAUAUGCACUACGCUGCCCGCAGCGCAGAGGAGAAUGCCAAGGUUGGAGAGCUUUACACACCAGGUCACACCGAUUUGGGCUCUGUAACUUUGCUGUUCCGCCAACCUGUUGCUGCAUUGCAAAUUUUGAACAAUGAAGGCCAGUGGAAAUGGGUCAAGCCCCAGGAUGCCACCAUUACGAUUAACACCUGUGAUGCGCUCACGGCGUUGACAGCGGGCUAUGUUAAGAGCAGUGUUCAUCGCGUUCGCGCACCGCCAAAGGAUCAAGCUCAUGUUGAUCGAUUGGGUGUUUUGUAUUUUGCUAGACCUAACAACCACGUCCUCCUUGACCCUAUCAAGAGCCCUGUGCUCGAGAGUCUGGGUCUGACAUCUAAUGCGUUCACGCAAUUGGGACAGCAUCUUACUAUGCAGGAGUGGGUUAAGCUUCGUCAGACUCAGCAGCAGAGGAAGACCGAGACGCCGGAAAUCAAGGAGGGCAAAUACUUCUACAAGCCCAAGGAUCUCGAAAUUUUGCCUGGCUUGACUGCUACUGUCCACAAUUAG